CUUUUUAAAAUUGCAUACUGUAUUUUCUAUGUUUCUUCAGGGCUUUCUGGAAAGAUUAUAAAAGCCAUCCUCAAAGAAGGAUUUGAGAUCUCGGCUUUGCAGAUGUUCAACUUGGAGCGUACAAAUGUGGAAGAAUUUUAUGAGAUUUACAAAGGUGUCGUCCCUGAAUACCUGGAGAUGGUUUCAGAGUUGUGUUCAGGCCCUUGCAUAGCGAUGGAGGUUAGACAAUUCGAUCCUUCAAAAGUGUUCAGAGACUUCUGUGGUCCUUCAAAAGUGUUCAGAGACUUCUGUGGUCCUUCUGACCCUGCAUUAGCCCGUCACCUCCGACCUGGAACUCUGCGUGCUGUCUUUGGGAAGGACAAGGUUCAGAACUCUGUUCACUGCACAGACCUGCCUGAGGAUGGGCUUUUAGAGGUGCAGUACUUCUUCAAGAUUCUGGACAACUAACAGGCUCCAUCCUCACCAACUGCAACAGACACGCACACAGAACUGUGUGUUCAUUCAUUUAUUUGUCCAAUGUUUCAACCUGACUGAAAUACAAGAUCAACAAGAGCACUGUACUCCUGGCUAUUAUUACAUGUUAGAACAUAGAGUUUUGCACUUUAGACAACAUUUAACACCAUUCUAUGGGGUACUGCAUUGCUUUUAUAAAGUUUAAAAUAAAUUUUUAUUUUCAAACAUGUGACUUUGGUUUAUUUCAUACAUUACACUUUCUUGCAGAAAAAAUAAAAUUGUACAACUGCAUAAAUAUAAAAUUCUUCCACCAUGAAAAUGGCUAAAACAUUCAAUAAAGACAUUAGCACCACAGUGUGCGAUGCCUUCAGCAGGAAAAAAAAAAAAAAA